AUGAACUCAUUCUUCUUCUUCCUGCAGCUGCCUUCGGAAAUACGACAUGCAAUCUGGCGAUUGUGCCUCCCGGGCCCUCAGAUAGUAGAGUUUGAUCGUCCAAUCUGUAACAAUGAACCCUGCCAUGGAUGGUGUGGGGUCCAUCAUCGCUGUCACCUCCGACUUCCGGCCCUUGCAGCUGUGUGCCAGGAGUCACGCCUGCUGGUUCUUCAAGAUUAUUACAACCCGGAGGCGGACGCCGAGAUCCCACGCCCGUACUAUCCCGCCGCAUACCAGCACGUUCGCUUCCGACCGGGAAUCGAUAUCCUGCAUUUCAACUGGGACGAAGGGGAUGAAGGCGCAUAUGAUUUCUGGAAUGACGAGGACAACGCAAUCCCAUACUUUUGCGCUGUGGCUCGGAAAGCACUACACAACCCGAUCUCCAUCACUGACCGACACCUCCGCCAGGAUUUCGACGACCCCUUCUUCGCCGGCAGCGUUCGCAUUGCCGCACUGGACAAGUAUGCAAUGCGCGACCACUGGUUGGUUCUAAUCCGGACCGUCAGUUUUGACUUCACAGAUGACGCUGAAGCGCUGCAAUCCGGGUUGUUCGGGGAAUUCGAGCUGGACCCUGUGCGCUAUGUCGAUCCCAAUGACUCGGAAACACUGCAUCGUUACCAUCAGCUCUGGCGGAUGCAAAACCCAACUGACAUCACCGCCUGCACCACCACUGCUCCUGCCGCUCCCAUAGCACCGUGGACCCGAGAGAUCCAGCAGGCCGCCGCCGUAGAGUUCUUCGCGCUUCUGGAAGAUGGUCACCAGCCACUGCAUGACCGACUCGCGCGGUGGAAGGUAUACGUUGACCGUCGCUGGGUCUGGAAUGUAUUUCACCGGAUGACUGAAGAGGCCAAGGCCGGGGCCCCGGUCAGCGUUCCGGAUCGUGACGUGCUGUUCCUCCCGCCCUACCCUGGCUACGACUGGGAAGAUGAUGAGGAGACUUACGAAUACUUUCGAUCGAAAUAUACACUCAACCGGGGCCAUCCUUGGAUACAGGCAGUUGUGGACAAAAUGCCCGUCUUCCAGCCGAUGAUUCUCUUCCGCCAUCGGAUGGGGAUCAGUUGCAAUGGCCGGUAG